AUGUCUUUUACGCGAAUCUCAACCCUCUGCCGUUCAGCAGUCAAAAAAACGAUCGCUGCGAAUCGUGUUGAAUUCCCCUUUGGAUACAAUUCAUAUUCAACAAAGCUUCCCUACUCAUUUUCACCUUUAUGUCACAAACGAAACUCAAGUACGUCGUCGUCAGUUCAAGAUAAACUAGUAAUUUUCGAUACGACCCUUCGGGAUGGAGAACAGUCACCUGGUGUCACACUUACAGUCGAUGAAAAGGUCGAAAUUGCUCGGCAUCUAUCAAACUUGGGUGUUGAUGUAAUUGAAGCUGGUUUUCCCAUAGCAUCUCAAGGAGAUUUUGAAGCAGUUACACGAAUCGCUAAAGAGAUUGGUCCAUUGAUGACUGGUCGAGAAAAAAUUGGCAAACCUUUGAGAAUUGCAGGCCUCGCACGUGCAACAGAAAAAGACAUAAAACGUUGUUACGAUGCUGUUUCACAUGCACCAUUUCAUCGUAUUCACACGUUUCUGGCAACAUCCGACAUCCAUCUUAAAUAUAAACUUCAAAUAAGUCGCGAAGAAUGUAUCAAACGAGCGACAAAAGCAGUCGAACUAGCUAAAAGUCUAUGUGAAGAUGUUGAAUUUAGUCCAGAAGAUUCGGGACGAAGUGAUCAAGACUUUUUAUGCUCGAUUCUAGGAGAAGUUAUCAAAGCUGGUGCGACUACCUUGAAUAUUCCGGAUACCGUUGGAUAUAACACUCCAGAAGAGUAUGGCGCGUUAAUAAAAUACUUGGUUGAAAAUACACCUGGAGGAGAUAAGGUUAUAUGGUCAACUCAUUGUCAUAAUGAUUUGGGUCUUGCGACUGCUAAUACUUUAUCCGGAAUUACUAAUGGUGCUAGACAAGUUGAAGUGACAAUUAAUGGUAUAGGAGAACGAGCUGGUAAUACUUCACUUGAGGAAGUUGUCAUGACGAUUCAAACUCAUCCGAAAUCCUAUCCAGUUUAUCACACGAUCAAUACUCCUCUUAUUUAUCGAACUUCAAGCCUGGUUUCUUCUCUAUCAGGGAUGGUAGUACAACCCAACAAAGCUAUCGUAGGGACAAACGCGUUCCUUCACGAAUCCGGAAUCCAUCAAGAUGGUGUACUGAAACACAAGCAAACCUAUGAGAUUAUACGCCCCGAAGAUGUUGGCGUUUUCAACGUAAAUCUUGUACUUGGGAAACUUUCAGGUCGUAACGCUUUUCGAUCUCGUAUCACCGAUCUUGGCUAUGGAAACUUGAGCGAUGCAGAAACCCAGAAAGCAUUCGAGAGCUUCAAGACAUUGGCAGACACCAAGAAACGAAUCACAGAUCACGAUCUCUUGGCUCUUAUUUCGGAUCAAGUAUCCAAAGGAUCAACACCAGAAUCUCAACGCUUCCAAUUGCAAUCACUUCAAGUAGUCUCUGGAGUUCACGAUAUGUCAACAGCAACCAUAAAACUAUUUGAUUCGUUGAAGAAUAAUGAAUUAAUAGACGCUGCAAUAGGAAAAUCUGGACCAAUUAUGGCAGUUUUUGGUGCAAUCCAACGUUUGGUGCAACGAAAAAUUCGCUUGUUGCAAUAUGAAGUACGUGCAGUCUCAGAGGGAAUGGAUGCUUUGGGUAAAGUUUCUUUAAAAGUCACCGAGGAUACAGACUCAUCAAGCACAGAUUCAGAAUUUCUCACAGGGCAUAUUAUUGACGGAGAAGUAAAACCUAAAACCGACUCGAAAGGUCAACCGAAAUUGACAAAAAGUACAUAUAGUGGACACGGGACUGAUGUGGAUAUAAUUUUGGCUAGUGCAAAGGCUUAUGUUAAUGCAAUUAAUAGAUUGUAUGAGGAAGAAAUCAAAGAAGUGUCGGGUUCGCGAAGUCUUCCCGCAGAAAGAUUCGUUAAUAUUUAA